AUGGAGCAUCACGAUGAGAUUAGGUCAUGGCAUGAGGAGGAGGAUGAUGAUGCAGAUUUGCAUCCCUUUAGUGUCGACAGUACUACUCAUGAUGAAAUCAAUUCUAUAACCAUUGAUCAGGAUGAGCUAGAGAAGAAGCCUCAAGGAUGGAAAGCCAUCAUCUUCAUCCUUGGUACAGAAAUAUGCGAGAAAAUUGCCACGUAUUCGGUCGGGGUUAACUUGGGAGUCUUCCUGAUUGAUAAAUGCCACAUCGAUGAAGAGAGGAGUACUAGACUGGCCACUAUAUUUAGCUUAUCCACUUAUUUUUCUCCCCUGCUAGGCGCCAUCAUUUCGGAUGCAGUUUUAGGUCGUUUCCGCACCAUUUUCGCAGGCUCCUGUUUCACCCUCACUGGAAUGAUAACCCUGGUCUUGACAGCAUCGGUUCCCCAGCUAGAUCGAUGGGUUCUUUGGUUGGGUUUGACUAUGCUGGUGAUCGGUUCUGGAGGGAUUAGAGCCUGCUGCCUUCCAUUUGGCCUGGAACAAUUUAAAUGCAAAACUAGGGGGGCUGGGAAGAGAACCAUAGGGGAGUAUUUUAACUGGUACUUCGCCACCUGGACACUGGUCUCAGGUCUGGGCUCGUAUGCCAUUGUUCAUAUUCAGAACAAUGGUAAUUGGGUAGGGGGCUUCGUUAUACCAACCCUCUUGAUGUUUUUGUCGAUAGUAUUUUUCUUAGUAGGAGAAAAAUACUAUCUGCACACAAAACAAAGAGCGGAUAAUAUUGUCUUCGGAGGCGUAGUCCAAGUUUUAUGGGCAGCAUGGCUGAAACGUGGGUUGAGGGUACUUCCGGGGAGUAUAGUUAUGUACUACGAUUUGUCACCCCGGGAAGGCACUACGUCGUCACUCCGACCUACAGAUUAUUUGAGGUUUCUUAAUACAGCGGCGAUAGUAGGGAGGGAUGAUUUGAAGUUAGACGGAACACGCGCAAAUACGUGGAGGUUGAGGAGCGUUCAAGAGAUCGAACAAGUGAAGAGAUUAAUUCAAAUUUCUUCAUUUCUUCUCCCGACCACCCUCUUCUUUGUUCCGUCGCUGUUGACGUACAUCUACAUCGCCCCUCAACUGAGUUGGAUGAACUGUCAUGGAAUAUCUAUAUCACUCUUGUUGAUAAUUCUCAUUAGCAUUCCCACGGUGAUUUCUACUUUGACAGUCUUCGUCUAUGACCGGGUUAUUACGGGAUUUCUGAUCAGUAGAUUGAGAUGCUUGCAUGGCAGUGUUACACUCCUCCAGAGGAUUGGAGCAGGCAUUGCAUGUGUAUUUUUAUCCAUGGGGAUUGCGGGAUUAGUAGAGGCUGUGUCGAGCGGAUCAACAAAGGAUCCAAUAUCUGUAUUUUGGCUCACUCCUCAGCUUAUCAUGAUGGGCGUUGGUAAUGCUUUAGGAGUAGUUGGGCAAAUCAACUUCUUUUAUCAAGAAUGCCCAGAGAGCGUAGGUAGCCACUCGAUCUCCUUGGUGUAUCUAAGUCAAGCUGUGGCCUUAUGUAUCACGGUGGGACUUCUAGAAGCUUGCGAGACAUGGGUAUCAGGAGAAGACUCCCACAUAUACUACUUUUAUCUAUUGAUAGCAGCCAUAGAGGCUAUCAAUAUGAUCAUUUAUUUGGGUAUGUCAAGAAGAUACCAGUAUCGGAAUCACUCCGAGGAUGAUAUCCAUGGUGCUUCAGGUAUCGAGGAGGUCCUAUCUAGUCACGGCCAAGACGAGGGAGAUAUUGAUGGUGAUACAGAUAUCGAGGGUCAGUCUAGUCACGGCCAGGACGAGAGGAAUGUCAUCGACAGUGAUAUCGGUCACGACUACGGAGUGGAGGCCAUUCCUAGCAUGGAGUAUCUAGUGGUGGAGGAAGAUGCUGUUCAGAAUCAUCAUCCUAGCAGUCUUUCUGUUGUUGUUUCUGUUAUAGCAUCUGAUUAUCCUAGGGAGUAUGAUGGCGCAUGUGUUCAGAUGCGAAGGUCAUAUAGUCCUGCUGCACAGCUUUUUCUUUUCCUUGUACAAUGGUCAGAUUGUCAUCUUGCUGGUGCACCGGUUUACUCAGAAUUCUAA